UCCUUCUGUUUCCUGGGUGCUGAGAAUAAGGGACCAUGAUACCUACCAGACUUCUCUUGGCAAGGUUCUCGACUGUGUUGGGUAUUUCAAAGUGGGCUCCAUCCACAUGGGCUGCCCUGAAGCCCAGCCAGCUGCAUUCACUGCAGGCAUCAUCUAGAUUGUUCUCUCUGGGCAUUGUAGACCACGCUAAGCACCAAGAGGCCUCCGGAAAGAAGCUGCUAUCAGAGAAAAAACUGAAAAGACGUUUUGUGGAUCACCGGAGAGUACUAGUCCGGGGAGGAAAUGGAGGCUCCGGCAUGAGCUGUUUCCACAGUGAACCCCGCAAGGAGUUUGGAGGUCCUGAUGGUGGGGAUGGAGGAAAUGGUGGUCACAUCAUUCUGAGAGUUGACCAGCAGGUGAAGUCCUUGUCCUCGGUCUCGUCCCGGUAUCAGGGUCUCCACGGAGAAGAUGGCGGCAGUAAAAACUGCUUUGGGCGGAGUGCUGCUGCCCUCUACAUCCAGGUUCCUGUGGGUACCUUGGUGAAAGAGGGAGGUGAAGUUGUGGCUGACCUAUCUCACCCAGGAGACCAGUACAUUGCUGCACUGGGGGGUGCAGGAGGAAAAGGCAAUCGCUUUUUCCUGGCCAAUGACAACCGUGCCCCUGUAACUUGCACCCCUGGACAACCAGGUCAGGAGCGGGUCCUCUACCUGGAGCUCAAGACAGUGGCCCAUGCUGGGAUGGUUGGCUUCCCCAAUGCUGGGAAAUCUUCUCUCCUUCGAGCCAUUUCAAAUGCAAAACCUGCUGUAGCUUCCUACCCAUUCACCACCUUGAACCCUCACGUGGGGAUCGUUCACUAUGAAGGCCACCAACAGGUAGCAGUGGCAGACAUCCCAGGCAUCAUCCGAGGCGCACACCAGAACAAGGGCCUGGGGCUCAGCUUCCUCAGGCAUAUUGAACGCUGUCGCUUCUUCCUGUUUGUGGUAGAUCUUUCCUUGCCUGAGCCGUGGACUCAGGUUAAUGAUUUAAAAUAUGAACUAGAGAAGUAUGAAGAAGGCCUGUCUGAGAGGCCCCAUGUGAUCAUCGCAAAUAAGAUUGAUCUCCCACAGGCCAGAGCCCACCUGCCCCAGCUCCAGGCCUGCUUAGGACAGGAAGUCGUCGCCUUGUCAGCUCUGACUGGAGAGAACCUGGAGCAGCUGCUUCUGCACCUGAAGGUGCUGCACGAUGCUCACGUGGAGGCUGAGCUGGAGCAGGGCCGCCAGCCCUUCAGGUGGUAGUAGGCACAGGGCUGCAUGUCCACGGGCCUGUAUGGGGCAAGGGUGGCCAGCAGUCACUGGAAGCAAACACAAACUUAUUAUCAAGUGUGGGCAGCUUUGAACACCUGAGGGAAAGUACUUGGAAACAUUUGAGCAUGUGAGUGUUUUUGUUUUCCCACCAAUUUGGAGCACACUUCUGAAUUGCCCCCCACCCCCACCCCGGCCUAGGGAGAUGGGGUACUCCGUGCCACCUAACUGCCCCCACCCCCUGGCCUAGGGUGAUGGGGUACUCUGUACCACCUGGUACCUGAACUGCUCCCCAGUGCUUGGUACGCCUGUCACCCUUGCUGACUGGUUUGCUGAGGUUGACUCAUUUGUGCUAAUUAACACCUCAUUAGUAGGAGGACAGUGCUGCUGGCUGAAGGUAGCAAACACUGCUGCCAGGCGGCCUGGGCAAACGCAACAGAGCAGCAGAGCUUCGGCUGGGCUUCUCAUGCAUGGUGAUAUUUGCGACAGAGCAGCCCUUGGUUUCUUGUGGGGGUUGGGUCUGCCCACAGUCCCGCAGAGCCUUGUUGGUGCCAUCUACUGUGCUAGCAUGUCAGGGCGGCAGGGUGCAGUGGCCAUACUUUGUUCUCCAGUGCCAGCUGACUGAGGAAAACAGCGAGGGCCAGCUCCUUCCCUGUUGUUCCCAGAACAACGCUGUGCUGAGCUCUGUGGGGGCUGAACAUCAAGGCAGCCUUGAGCUUCACGACUGAAUGCACCCAAUAUCCGACCCAGGCACGCAGCCUCUGGCUGUGCAUCAGGGAUGCACCAGCAAGUUGUCAACCAAAGAGGAUGUGAACCUUGAUUUCUGGCAUUAUUUCUGAUAGGUGGCCUCAGCUCAGCAGGGUAUAUGAAAGAAUGGCAGGGUACCUAUCCCUGGUGACAGGCACUGCCACCACUCUGCCCUGCCCUAACCAAAGGCUCACCGAGACUCACCUGACCUGUGAGUCAAUACCAACCUUUUUCCCCAGCAAGGAAGGACCACUUUACUCCUCCCAGCACUGCACUUUGGAGGGUGACCCCAGGUGGUACAGGGUAGGGACCAUAUGUCCCAGAAUGUUCCCCCAGGGAAGCUCGUACCUUAGUGUGGCCUUGAGGGCCUUAGAAGUGCAAUGAGGAGACAGAUGGAAACAAGAAGCCCCAUCUUUUGAGGAGACCUGCCCUAGAGUGAGGUUAGUCAUGCUUCUGGCACAUGGACUAGUGUCCCUCUGUGUGUUGGGGUGGGGCUGCUUCAACAGCAAGCUCGCCCUCAGCUUUCAGGAGCAAUUCUGUUUUGAUCUGCAGCUGGAACACAGGGUCCUUUUCUGUGAAGCUUUAUUCUAAUAUCUUAUAAUUUCAAAGGCCCUGGCGUUCUGGAGGCCAGGGCGGGUCUCGUGUCUGUGGCUUUCUCUUUCAGGCCACCGAAAAGGGUUUUGUAGUCAGGCCAGGGCUGAGAGCAUUAAUUAUCCACCACUGGCUUUCAUCUUUGUGGCCGCUGUGCUCUAGAGACCUCAGAAUGCCUCUCUAGGGCCUGGAGGUGGGCUGACCCCUCAGAGCUGUCAUGUGUCCUGGAACCACCAGCAGUCCUUGGCCCAGACUCAGUCAUACAGGCUACUGAGGUAGUCUUGCUGACACCAGAGAGCCAGCUCCAGGACCAUACCCCAGAGCAUGUUUGCUCAUCAUCCUGGGACCACCAGAGGAGGGUUGUUUCUGAAGCUGGUUUCCUCCCCAGCUGGUGUUCUUGGAGAGAAGACUGACUUAGUCUCUGCACAAAGGCACCUGGUCUGUCAUUGGUUCAGGGAUGAGUGUUUGCAGGUCAUAAAGAAGCUCAUUUAAAGUCACGCUAUUGUUGCAUGCACAUGUACGUGUAGGGGAAACACCCACACACAAAAUAACUGGGGGGGGGGGGG